UUCGAACCGAUUAGGAAGACGUGCCCCUAGUAGUAUGAGUCUGCUGCCAGGAAGGCUUCGUUUUUGAGAGAAUUUUCCUGUUCGAGACCAUCGUCGGAAGUUUUCGCGAAUCUCUCUGAAGUGCUACCCGGUCCUGGGAUGUCAGCCAAGAAGAGAGAAGAGAAGUGCGACCUCAGUGAAUGUGCCAAGUGCUCCGUGUUAGUCUUACCGAAAGACCGUGAGAAGCACGAAGCUGACUGCGGCAAUCUGACGGCUGAAUCGGAUCCCGACUACGAGUUCAUACGGGACGGAAUACUCCACGCGACUGUUCGCGAGAUCAGGAAUCGAGAUCCUGACCUCGAGAAGCUCUCGAUGCCCUUCCAGCAACAGGCGAUUUUCCUGAAUCCGUCAACGAUGAAAAUUUGCGGCGCGAAAUGCGGUGGAUAUGUUCACGUUUCGACAGCAACCGGUCUCGCUUCUCUGAAAGUCGCUUGGCCGAAUUCGGCGCUGAGUUUCCUCGCCGUUUGUCCCCUGAUGCCGGACCGAAAUAUCCAUUCCGGAACCCGGAUCGCGCUGCGGCCAUACGACUCCAAAGUUCCGGAAUGCUCCAGUCUGGAGUUGGAAGUGCUCGACGGGGAGGUCAAUGACGACGGUGUCUUGAUCGAGGCCUUCCGGAGAAAGUUCUUUUCCAGUUGCCUUCAGAGAGGAUCCGUGAUAAAGCUCGCACAUUUAUGCGAAAUCGUCCAACUAAAAGUACGGAAAGCUCUGGCCGAAAAUCGCUCCCUGGAGGCAUCCCUCGGAAACCUCUCUAUCGAUGGAGAGUCCAAUCUUUUCUUCAGGGAAUCUCCGAUCGCUACCCGUGUAGUCGAAUUGCCCGGCUGA